AAGCGAACCAAACAACUAGUACGGAGAGCGAGGGAGCUAGCAACAGCUAUUAAGCUACAACGCAAUUUCGUGUAAACAAACAAAAGUCGUUCGAUUACGAUUUACUAUUGCAACUGUUAUAAAAUAACGGAAAGUUUUUGAAAACCAAAAAUAAAAAGAUGUCUGCAUCACCUACUGCUCGUCAAGCUAUUUCUCAUGCGCUGCCAAUGGCCAUGACGAAGACCAAGAAGGUUGUCAUAUCUGAUCCCAUUCAAAUGCCAGAGGUCUACUCAUCCACGCCUGGUGGCACCCUCUACUCCACCACACCUGGCGGCACUAAGCUGAUCUAUGAACGGGCUUUCAUGAAGAAUCUGCGUGGUUCCCCCUUGAGUCAAACUCCGCCCAGCAAUAUUCCCAGCUGCCUGAUGCGCGGCACUCCCCGCACUCCCUUCCGCAAGUGUGUGCCCAUACCCACCGACUUGGUUAAGACAACGCAAUCGCUGAAAAUUGAGGAACAGGAACAGUUCCAUCUGGAUCUGUAAAAGUCUCCAUGUGGAGCCGCGCAACGCAAUUCCAAGCAGCAACUGCCAAAAUUCAUGUUUCAUUUAGACACAUUCGCCUAGCUUGUAUUAUCACACUAAAUCCCUGAUCUU